AUGGGUCCCGAAUACACAAAAUCGGGUAGAUCUCGAGCCAGUGUUAACUCACCAGGGGAGUUGGAUGCCAAGGUGGCAUCAAUUAAGGAACAAGUACGCAACGAGUUAGUUGGUGAAUUGAAUGCUUGGGCGAAGCUGAUGAACUUACCGACUUUGCCGUUCCUCACUAGUACCCCGGUCGACUCAUGUUCUGAACCAAAAGGACAAGGAGAAGGUGAUAGACAUGGAGGAGAUGAGAUACGUGGUGAAGAUGUGCCACCUGAGGUUCCUACUCCUACACAUGCGGACUCGAGGGAGCUUGAAAAUCCAACACCGCAUGAAUUUCCAGAGUUACAGGAAGACACCCGGUGUGCACUUCUAGCCCCGGGGCAUGCAAAUAGUACCACGUUGAUUUUGGUGGCGUAUGGUAGUGCCCAACCGACGAUGGGUGCUAUGGCGGGGCCACAUCAUUACUCGGUUGGGAUCGAUUCAGUGGUUGCGGGGUUCGAAAACAUCCCCCUACCCGUACCGAUAGAGGAGGUUGAGAUAACAACGCUUUGGCAAGCUGUAGGUAGUUUCGCAGAUUGGCCACGUGCAUGGGUGAAGUUGAUUAAUAAGGAGAAGCUACAUUGUCGUGCUCCAAAGGGUCCAACAUAG